CUGACUUCUUAUUUCCAACAAACACUGCCACCAUAGGAAUGCUUCGGGCUUGUAAGCAGUUUCCCAAUCCCAAAAUAAAAUUCCAAAUAUAUUUUUUUUGACGACAACUGCAAAUAUAAUUUUCAGACGACGCCUACAUACUUGUGAUUCCAUGCAUUUUUUGACAUGACAUAUUUUCUUUGAAAAGAACAAAAUGCAGCAAAUUGGAGGAUGGUACUGUCGACUAUAAAUCCGUCUCUCUAGUAGUACUAGAGAGACGUAAUAUAUUUUUCCGGAAGCUUCGUUUUCGCCAAGAAGAUGAAAGCCAGAUGUAGUCGUAGUAGAAUGUGUGGUGCAGGUGCUUCUACUUGUAAAUGCUCGCGUUUGUCACUACAACUACAACAUCUUCAGAACAGCCAUUGUUGGCACUGGUGGUCGUGGAUCACAAGUGGAGCACGGAUACCGAUGGGGAAACUGUGCUGGGAGUCCAUCUUCACAGUUAGAAGACCUGCUGCAAAACUGUGGAGGUCUCAUAUCACAACUUUUAGUAAUGCUAGUCUAUGGGCCGCGUUGUGGAAAAAGUGGUCUGAUGUGCUGCCCAAGGCAUCUUCUUCUAGUAAGGUGCGUGUCAAUUCUUAAGGCACGUGAUCGUGAUGAUGCAUCCGAUGUUGAUGAGAUGAACUUAAAAACAUCGAUUAUUUUUCGUGGCUUAAAAACAUCGAUUAUAGUUGUGCAAAAUAAAAAGAUGAGAUGAACUCAAAAACUUUUUCUUCUGCUGCAUUGUGUUUCAUCAGAUGAUCUAGAAUAUAAAUAUGAGAUGAAAGUAGUUUCCGUUCCCACAUUGUCCCCAACUAGAAUUCACUAUGAAGAAAUGAAAAAUGUAUUGAGUUCUUUGUCAAGCUGUUGACCUCUAAUAUAAAGGCAAGAGACUUGUUCCUGCACCUCCACCUCUUCUACCUCCAUUAGCAGGAACUAGAACGAGCAGGGCGGGUGGCGGUGCCAAGAAGCUGACUGCUGCGGUGUUUUUUGUGCUCCUCGCGAUGAGUCGGACAAUGGUCUUGUUCCUCUUCACCUUCUCCGCAGUUCAUGCACGAUAUCUGCGAGGCGCUGUUGAGAACAAUAAAGUUAAGCCCUUAAAUUCAACACGAAGUGAACAAUUUGAAUUAAAUUAUCGUGUUUAUUUUUUGUGUCGUGGUUGUCUUCUCCCUAUCCAAACAAACCCUUAGGAAAUGAACACAGUAUAAAAGUGUCCACUUGCAGUGCAGAAGCGGAAGGAAAAGAGCUCUGAGAACUGAGUUCUCUCAAGAUGCAAUAUCUUUUGUUUUUUGUUAGAAAGAUCGUUCCUUGAAUUCUAAGGCUCUCGAGAUUGUUGAGGUCGAAUUGUAUUUGCCUUAGUCGGCGUACGGGUCACUGAAUAAGCCAAUGCUAUCGCAAUGCUAUCGCCUUCCUUCUACUAUUUUUUCUGGUCUAUACUUCUGCUGUCAGUUAGCGUCUGACGUUGACCCUACGAAACGGUGUCGGACCUUCUGUUUGAUCUAUCUACCGCUAACAACCUAGGGAAAAGCAAAGAGCAGAAAGAGAUCCAGUGGGACAGCACUACCAGUUUUUUGGAAAUCACCCCGUGUGGCUGUUGCAAGGGCUGCUGUAGCUGUGAGGACGCUUCCGGAGGAAAGUUAAGGCGAUAGAAAGUAGCAUCAAGGUACCGCUUUUCUCGAGAAGAACGCUUGGAUAAGUUUCGGUCUUUUAGAUAAUGUAAAUGUUAUUGUUCUCUCUCAGGGAGCGACUUCUCUCUUAGAUGAAAUGUUCAUGUUGUACUAGGGUCGUGAGCUCUAAGAAAAGAAAGCGGACAGGGUUCGAGCACUGACCAACACGCAGCAGAAUUGUUGGCGCAGCCUCCUCCGGCAGCUGCCAGCGGCGUUCUGGCCACCACGCCAGUAGGGCAGGAGACCACGAAGGAGGCAGCACCAGACGAGGCGGACCCAAAUAGCCCUCCGAAGGCACCAGAUGAGCCAGACCCAAAUAGUCCUCCGAAGGCACCAGAGGAGAUGGGACUUAUCGCCAACCCAAGUAGAGCAGGUGAACCGGGGUCGCAAAGUACUCCGAAAGCCCCUCCUCCAACCGAUGAGGACAAAAAGGAAAGCACGGGCCAGCACGUCCCGGAGGGGGAGGAGGAGGUUUUUUCGGCGCCUGCUCCGACCGAUGGUGAUGGCAAUGCGCAGUCCGAAAGUGGGGCGGCCUUGAGCCUGUCAACCGAGGAAAGCAGCAGUGUGCCGGCUUCGACUGCGCUUGCCAGUGGGACCGGCAUCGGGGUAUCGCCGACUGCGCCAGCCGCCGGGGACGGCAAUGAGGCGGCGCCGACUGCGUCGACCGAUGUGAGGGGCGACGCGCUACAGCCGAUUGCGGCGGCCGUUGGGCAUAACGAUAUGGCGGCGCCGACGCCGGCAUCCGCUGAGGACAGAAGGGAGGGUUUCUCAGCCUCUCUCGAUGAAUUUCGGGAGCAAAAUGAAAAGCAGACUCCGGCGCGAGCAGUCGAGGAGACCAAGGAGAGCGCCCCGGCGGUAUCGGAGGGGACGAAAGGCGACAGUGCUGACACGGCUUCGACAGAUGAGAACAAGGAGACGGCUCCAGCGGAGAUGGGGUUGUGUGCGUUCGGGAUCGGGUGUUGGCCAUCGCUAGAGCAGAAGGGGGUAGAGGGGCUGCCGUUCCAUCCGAAGGCGGCCUUUCUAGCCGAAGGUGGCCACGAAGAUGAGGCCGCGCUGACUCCGUCAACCGAAGAGGACAGCAGCGCGGACUUCUCAGCGCCUCUCGAAGAGGGUUUGCUGCAACCGCUUACCCCGAGCACAGACGCGCGCAUCAAGGCGGAACGGGAGGACCGUCACGCGAAGGAGGUCGAGGAGGCGCGCAUCGAGGCGGAUCGGGAGGAAGCCGCACGCAAGGCGGAGGAGGACCGAGCGAAGGCGAGGGAGGAGAGAAGGAUGAUGGACUUCGAAGAGAGGGCGAAGAAGAUCCAAGAGUCCAUUAGCGACAUGGAGACCCUGAGAGGCAGAUACACCGCUGACGGCAUGCAGAAGAUCAGAGAUGCCGCGUCGAGGGGGAUUUCUGGUAGCGUUUUCGACGAUCCGGACAUAGAAACGCAACUGCACAACGAGUUUGAGGAGCUUGCUCACGGCACCUCGACGCAGGGGAUCAUUGAUGGCGCCAAACAGGUUGCUGCUGAAGAGCUACAUGACACGCCCCUUGCCGAAGGUGAUCGGGAUGGAGAUGCUGGGACGAGUGGAGACGCCGUUUUUUUAUGACGGUUCUUGAGAGUAUUUACUUGCUUUUGUGCGUCUUUGUGUUGUGCUGAAAAUCGCUACCAUGACGUUCUGCUGAUUAAAUUUAUACAUUUCAAUACUCUCUUUUACUUUCUCCAAAGAGAUGCUUCUAAUAAUUGCGGACGCGGCUGCUGCGUGGACGCAGAGGAGAAAUGAAUUGCGCGAAAAAACCGAAGCCAUCGAGAGGCGGCGUGAGGAGUUCGCGAGAGUCGUCGUAGCCAGGGAAAAAAUUGAUGUUGCGACAGGGAUUGGUGGCCUAGUGGUACUCUUGCGUGUUCGUUGUAGAAGAGACUCAGAGAGCAAGUUUGUUUCACAUCUAAGAAAAAAAAUCUAUCUUGUAGAGAGCUGAGGAUUCUUCUCUAAUCAAGCGUUCCGGGCGUUCGUCGAUGCCGAUGUUGCAAAAGCCCUAGGGAAGCUGACAAAGCUGCAGGGCAGGAGCGUGGUGACGGGAGGCGGGGCCACCCCAGGCGAGCAUGGUCACCAGAGCGACCCUUUCGAGAAUGGGCACCAGGGCGAUGCGGAAGGGGAAAGCGCAGUGGAGCUCUUGGCCAGCGCAACGAAAGCCGAGGAAGAAUGCCGGAAACGUGCAGAAGCAGCAAAAAAUGCGCUGGCGGACCUGAAUGCGAAUGAGGACCCAAGCAUGAGUCCAGCACCGGUUCUGCCGUUUGAAGAGUGUGACGAGCUGCGCACGCUGCGGGAAAGCGUUGAGGCUGCGCGACGCGAUGCUCAAGGGCAGCUUGAGGCCGCGACUGAAGUUAAGGGAGUCGUCAUCUUCGUUUCCGGUUCUUGGUUGUUUCGCAAUGAAGGUCUGUCAGUUGUAAAUUUUAAUUUGUUUCGCUUUCUUUUCCUACAUACGUGAUAGUCUAGUUUCGAAGUUAUACUUUACAUACGUGAUAGUCUAAUAAUCGGAAAUAUUUCAAGGGAGGAUGAACGGGGCGCAAAGAGGUGAAUAGCUUCUCAUCUAAUGUGAAAACUUCAAAGAGGAGGUCGCAGCUGGAAUUGCAGCGAGAGGUGAAGGAGGUUGAAGCGUCCCUCGAUACGGAAAUAGCAAAGAUGCAGGCUUUGGAAGAUAGCUGUGGGAAGCUACAUACAAGUACAACUAGUGACGGACAGUCCUCGUCGGAAGAUGAGCAUGAUAUAGCUGUUGACGUCGAGCAGGAGAAAGUUGGGCUCGGCAUUUCCCAGUCCUCGGAUAAUCAACAUGGCACCAGCAGUUCCUCGAUGACAGACAAGGACAAACUAUUGUUAUCCGACGUCGAGAGCUGCGAGAAGCUGCAGGAAGGAACGAGUGGGGAGGAGGCGCCUCCGGAUGUUUUUCUGGAUGCUGAGGCCAGCGUCAAGGCUUGGAAAGAACUGGAGAGCAAAAUCGCGACCGAGCUAGGCGACGAAGCGGACGAUGUGGCUUCUACGAAUCUGCAAGCCAGUUCUUCUUCUUGCCAGGAAAAAUCUCAGCUGCUCUCCACAAAAAUCGAAGUUGUCAUUAAGGCUUGCCAUAAUUCAUCGUGAGAAGCAUCUUGACAGGGGUUUUGUAAGGGAAAACGGCUGACAAGAAGAUGCUUCUCAGGAUGAAUUAGGGUAAGGUCUAAUUUCAAGGCAUUGCGAAUUGCAGUCAAAAAAGCGGUGGAGGAGAGGGAGAAAAAAGCCGGAGAGGCCGGAAAACUCCGAGAGGGGUUUCCGAAUGUCGAGGACGGAGGGACGAAAGGAAUUGAAAUUGAUGCUAUGCCAGUAUAACCAAGAUGAGUAGUAGUUUCAUAGUGUCACUUUUUUUGUUUUACGUAUACGUACUUCUACCGGCGAAUGGAAAGGCAGUUAGAAAGUAGCCGGAGAAGAUGCUUUUUGGUCUCGGAAGCAUCAGAAAAAGUCAAGCAAUUGCCACCUUCUCCUUUUGUCCCAUUUAUCUGCAUGAGACCCCUCAGUCACCGUUGUUUACCUGAUCAAAACGGGAGUUAGAAAGUCUAAGUAGAGAGGUUUUUUGUCUUAUGAUUAGCAAUCAAGCAACGAAGAUUUCUCUCUUUUGUCAUCGCUAUGAGAGCUUCCUCUCUAAUGAAGCCUUCCGAAACUUCAUCAGAGUUGACGUCGCAAAGGAGGUUGGAAAGCUGAAGAAGUUACAGGGGUUAGAUGGUAGCGAGAAGAUUGAGGAUAAUGAGGCAACUCAGGCACCAGGGGCCAGUGAGGCCAGCAAGCCUAUGGAGGACGGCCAGAAGAACGAUGGCGCUGAAGGGCAUGAAAGUGCAUCGGAUAUAUUGGCCAGCGCAAAGUCCAUGGAGGAAGAGUGCCAGAAGCGUGCGAAGGCGGCACAGGAAGCGGCGACUGCGAUCGCAGCGGAGGGCCCGUUGAAUGCGGACGUACCAGGCUCGUCGAAUGCGGCUGCGGCGUUUCAUGAAGACUGCAACGAGCUGAGCACGCUGCGCCAGAGCGUCGAGAGCGCGCGACGCGAUGCACAGAGAAAGAUUGCAGCUCGGCUUAAUCUUAAGGUUCCGGAGUAGUUGCAUGUCCUUCUUCUGGCAGAAUUUUCCUCUUUUAAGUACAUAUAGGGGCGUUUUAAUAAGUACACUUUUAGGCGAGGGCGACCGCUGUGUGGAAGUUUCUUCUUGCAUACUCAUUUUCUUAAAUCAAAACUUUCAUGUGUGAGAUGCAGUUUUUAGUACACAUUAUGAUAUAGAUGAGCCAGCACGUAGUUGUACAGUAGCGAUAGUAGUAGUAUUACUCAAUAAUGAAUAUGAUCAAGAAGACUACUUGUCAUCUUUAUCACAUCCACGACAUAAAGAAAUUGAAAUCAAAGUUUUAGUAUUGCCGAGUAUCAAUCUCAAUCUCUAAUGUGAAACGUCUGGUCUCUCUGAGUGAGGAGUUCCAAAAAGUGAAGGGAUUGGAAAGGGCCUACGAGACUCUGAAUCAGAGCAAAGGUCUUCUUUCGCAAGAGGGCGUUGUUAAUCUUUUGCGCAGCCUACGACCAUCUGAAGAUAGUACUUCUCGAGCAGCUGACGGAGGUGGAGCGGCAGACGAGUACAGGAAAUUGGUUAACGAGGACUCCCUAAGGGCUCUUGAGGAUGCUUCUGCUAAAGUCAUCUACUCUGGUGCCAAAGCGGCCUCGUCUGCUCUUAAGACCAUGCGUGUAAGUAAUCAAUGUCAAUGUUGCUUUUUCCUUAGUUAGUGUCUUUGCUUUUCAAGGGACGAUGAAAGCCAACACUUUCGUGUGCUAGAAGAUCAAGAUGCAUAACUUACUAUGUCUUUCACAUGUAUAUGCGUGGACUCCUGAUUAUUUGAAAAGACGUCUUCAUCUAUUUCUAAUAAAUCUGACGACGGUAUCCACGUCGAUGAGGAAUGGAAGCUAUUGAAGACCGCAGCAGAGGGCUUCUCUGACAGUGGAGUGAAAUGGAACCUACUCAAAACCGAAGCGGAUAAGGCUGGUGAUGCGGACUUGUCUCUGGCUGCUGCGGACUUGCCUCCAGCUGACGGAGGAGCAGCGGGGUUGUCUCUGGCUGACCCUGCAACAGCAGAUUUGUCUGAGUUGUCUUUGGCUGACAUGGUGUCACAAUGUGAGAGGAAAAGUAAGGAGUUGGCGAUAUUGUUGGACAAGGUCAGGAGUUUGCGAAGCGAGCGCGUCGAAGCGGACGACGCAAACAGAGGAGGAGUGGAUCUUAUGCCAGAAGUAUUAGAGGUAUCUUUUUAGGUAGGUAUACGAGUAUCUUGUGUUAAAAGCAUCUCUCUAUCUUUGUGUCAUUGUUUUUCUUAGGUAUGAGGUCUAAUGAUACAGAUGGUAGUGAACAUUCGCGUUUGACAUAGAAGACUGGCUGAUCACGUGACGUGAAGACAAACGUCAACAAACAACAACGCUUCGAUGAAGACAUCCAUCCUUCUAAGAAAUCCCUUGCAGAGGUUGACCAGAAGGCAGAGCACCUGAGGAAUCUGGAGACAGAGAUGAAGCAGCGUGCAAGUGAGUUUGCUGCGUUGAAUGACGAGGCGUUUGUCGACGAGUACAAGAAAUACAAGGAAAAGGAUAAAGUGGAAAAGGAUAAUACUAAGGGUUUCACAUACAUUGCAUUCUGCACUAUCAUCCUUGGCCUUUCUUCAAGGGGAAAGUGGGUCCAGGACGUUCCGAGGAAUGCAAUGGUGCAGCCUCUAACAAUAGCGCUGGCAGUCUCCUCACUAGUGUCGACAGCGACGUGGCGAAGUUCAAGCAAUCAGCAGAAUCUGCAAGAACCGUGUUGACUGCUCUAGGACAUGCUGGUGCUUCAUCCAACCCAAUGGCAAACGGAGGCACAGAGCAGGAUCGCGAUAAUGCCCUGAAUCUACGUGCUGCAAACACGGGCACUGACACAGAGCAGGAUGGCGAUGAUGCCCUGAAACCGUUUGAGGAAAAGCUGGAAGCACUAGCCAACUUACGGGAGAGCGUCGCAAAAUACCGUGAGGAUGCGAAGAAGGUUAUGGAAGUGUUAGAAGUGCAUGUUUACUUACUUUUUCUACGAAGAGAUGUUUCUUGUAAGUUUUUUAGACUCUUCGACGAUAUGUAUCUACAUCAAUUCGCAAGAAUGAAGAAUUCGCAUCUCGUCCCUCAAGUGACCAGUACUACUGAGAACAAGGAUCUCAGGUAGGUCGCUGAUGGCGGGUGUGUGGUUACUGUUUCGUAGUCAGUAGUAUUACUUCUACUAAAGGAGCUUUCGUUUCCUAGGAUAUUUAUAGCAAAGUAUAGAUCUCAUUGCUGAGGAGGUCCACGACACAUGGAAGCCUAGACUCAGUUUAAAAUUCCAGCCAUGGUCGUCAAUCUACUCCGUCUAUUAUCUUUUGCUCAGACCUCCCGGUAUAUGAUUUUAGAACUACAGGAGAGAUCACUAAAAUGGAUAUUCUUCAGAGGGGUAUGGAAUUGCAGAUGAAAGAGGCUGAAGCAGCCAUCCAUGCGGAGACACAAAUGGUGACGGACUUGCAAGCCAAGUGUAAAAAGCUAACGGAAACAAACAUCAUGUCCAUGUUAUGGAGUGCAAACUGUUGAAGUCAAAUCUUGUCGUUCAUCUAGGGGAGUCAAAUAAAGUGAAUUGUUCAAGUUCAAGUCUUUUUAUCUUGUCGUUCAUCUAGGGGAGACAAAUAAAGAAUUGUUCAAGUUCAAGUCUUUUUAUCUUGUCGUUCAUCUAGGGGAAUCAAAUUCUUUUUUGAGUCUAAGAUCGACCUGAUUAUCUUCUCUUGCUAUGUUCUCGUGAGAGCUAAUGCGACUGCACCUCGCGUGUAGAUCGAGCAAAGGCGUGCUAUCCCAUCUUAUCCUCUCCUAUCCUAACCUAUCCUAUCCUCUCUAUUUGAAUAGUUCCCCUUCUUCAAUGUAUUUUAGAUGAAGAUGCAACAAAAACUCCUUUUUUUCAUACGAACCGAAGGAAGAGAUUCUCACAGUCUUCAAAGAGAGCGAAAGAGCCUACCAGGAGUACAAGGAGCUCACUAGCGAGACGUCUCGGGACAGUAUUGAGGCAGCCAAAAAGUCCGUCAGUGAAAAGUUGAAUGCGGUCCAGGCGCAAAGUGAUGGACCUACUACUAGUGGAGCACCAGACGCAGACCACAAGGGACAAUUAAGGAUGGGGGUCCACAAGAGUCUCAUCUUAAUGAGCAUCUAAAGUUUUUGUUUUCCCUUAUAGCCUAGGUUUAUCCACCAGCCAACACCAAGCAAGAUAUGCAUCUUUCUAAAGAGGGAAGUCGAGGUCCAAUCCCGAACCCACUAUCUAACAUCUUCAUCAAUUUGAAUUUACAUGUCUAAAGAAAAUAACCAGUUACUUUUGCUUCGUCUUAGGCCAGUUUCUUGGUCCAAUCUUGAUAGGCAUCUUUGACACGUAUUCAAGUCGGGGAAAGAUGAUCAAAGAUGCGACUCUUCAAGAUGAAUAUCAGGAUGAAGACCACAGUCUAACAGAAGCUGAGGACAAGAUCACGCAACGAGCUCAGGAGUUGCGGAAACAGUUUGAAGACGUAGAGGGUUUGCAAAAAGAGUUUACCGCAUUGGAAGCAGCUAAAACUGCAGCAGACCAUUUCGUUACGGGCAUUAUACAUGCCACGAAAACCUCAAUCAUCCUCAAUCGCAGCGUUCUUUUUGUGUCUCUUGUUCAGCCGCAUGUUGAUAGAUUCAUUCUUCUAUUUUGCCUUAGCCUCUAGUGCCGGAUGAUCCAUUUUUCCAUUCAGGGUCGUGGUUGGAAACUCUGUAGAAAAAAACUUGUACUUAGAAAGGAACUCUGUAGAAAAAAACUCUGUACUUAGAAAGAAACCCCGUAGAAAAAACUCUGUACUUACUUAGAAAGAAACUCUGUGCUUAGAAAGAAACUCUGUAGAAGGAAAAUCUGUGUAAAAACGACUCUUCUAAUGUGGAGAAAUGGGCGAAAGCGUUGCAGUCGCAGGUGGAGGAAGCUGCGGCAUCUAUUCAAACCGAAAUGGGAAAAGUUCGAGAGGUAAAAGAGUCCUGCACGACUUUCCUAAAGAAUCAUGUCGAAGGCACUGACUCUGACAAGAAGCUCUACAACGCGUUGACUUGUGCGCGGGACAAGUGUUCAGAGGACGAGAAGCGAAUCUACACGAUCUACGAGAAUCUAGUCGACGAUGAGACGGCAGGGAAAAAGGUGUCCGGCGCCAAAGCGGCCAUAACUAAGUUAAGGCUUCCGACCCCAGAAUCCAUCCUGACAAGGGUUUUCAAGGGGAAAACGCGCUCAGGAUGCGUCGGAGGAUGGAUUCGGGCGAGCUGUAAUAAAGUGGCAGGAGCGUCAAGCCGAAAUUCAGCAACAUUUGCCGGCUGACAGUACUGAUGAUUAUGGCUCAAACGAGUAAUUCUUCAUUUUCACAGGUUUAUUACGUAUUUUUUCUCGGAGGGCAGAUUCUUUCCUUCUACUUGGAUUUUUCUGCGAAUGUGUUGUCGCUAGCAGAUCAAUUCAAUUUUGAGCUCUAACAAGCUGUCAAAAGCAACUGGAGGAAGGUGCUGAAAGAGGACGCUGUUGCGUGCUCGCAACAGGCUAACCAGCUUGGUCGCGAAAUUGAAGAGGUGGAAAAGAUGCGAAAGCAAUUGAAAGAGUCGCACAUAGUUAGACUGGCAAAGAUCACGAAAGUUAAGCCACUCAUACAUCAUGAUAUAGGAAGUGAUGAUGUCCUUCAGCACCUCACUACUAGCAAAAAAACUUUUCACUCAACAUAGUACAUAGGAAGUUUUCUUCCUUGCUACAACUACCAAGAAAACUUUUCACUCAACAUACAUAGGAAGUCUUCUUCCUUACUACGUACCAGCAAUAUCAGCAAUUUUAUUUUUUAUGAGCGUCAUGUUGUGCAAAUCUUCCAAAGACUUCAAAAAAGAACAGGAACUCUUGAAGCGAUUUCUUAAUGACAUUACAAAAAGUGCUAUUAUAGAGGAGGGCGGCGAGGAGGUGGAAGACUACUGUCGUGGAUGGUGAUCAUUUAUCUAGGAUGAAACUGAAACUCAUGAUCAUUAUUAUUUAUAUUUUACCCUCUAGUACACUCUAAGACAGACGUAAAUAGGCUGAUCAAAUCGGAAGACGUUUUGUGGCUAAUAAAGGAUGCGACCGUAGACAACCACGAAAGCCAAAGUAUGGAGCAGACGACAGGCUCAAAGAUCGCAAAUGCAAUCAGGCGCCGGCAGACUAAGACCCCUGAGCAAUUACGAGACGAGUACCUCGAAAAGGCCAAGACUAACGCCCAAAACCCAUGCAGAGAGUUGGUGAGCCAGGCCAGAGACGCGCAGACAGCACUGUCAACGAAGUUCACAAAAAGUGUGGUGCAUUACUUGGAGAAUAAGUGUGAAAUUUUGGAGUAUGCCACAAUUGUUAAGGCAGGCAGGCUCUCAUUAUUCCACGCGGUGGUUCUGGAGUACGUAGAUCCCUUCCAAAUUGAAAGGGACUCACUCGAGGGGAACACUCACGGAACCACUCAAGUUGCUAGAAUACUGAGAGACCAGUAGCUCAUCUAAUGUUUGGCAAAUACAGAGGCGCUAUGAUGCCUUGCCUCCGAUACAGAUAUCGAAAGCAAUAUCAGGCGGCCUUGCUUCUAGUUCCGCUGCGUGAUUUCUCCUCGGCCUCAGUCACAGACUGGGUUCCUGUGGUCAAUGACUGCUUCACUUUCGUAGUGGAGCAAUCGGCGAGGCAGUGGUCGAGUAGUAAAGAUGGAAUCCCUGAUGUUGUUGAGUACUUAAACGUAGCCUCGUGAUGAACUUAAUUCCAUGAUAGAGAUGUACAUAGAGUUUCUCUUGUCCACUGAAGAGUACGUUGGAGUAAGUACUUAAUUUCAUGAUAUGAAAUUGUGCACGCCGUCCUCGUCGACAACAGUGCAGACUUUCUGCGGAAUUUUUCAGUUACUAUCGAGCUAUCACACACUGUCGAACAAUCAGUAUGAAUAUCAUUUUUUCAAUUGCCGUUACACCAGUCAAAGGAGGUAUGUCAUGUCUAGAAGGAUAGUCACUCAUGAGUCAAGGCAUGCCAUAUCAUUUUUUUCAGUCGUCACUCAUAUGAUUCAAUUUUUCUUUCAAAGUAAGUUUAUCGCGAGUCAUAGUAUGUCAUAGCAGAGUUUUUCAAUCCUCAAAAAGACAACAAAUUAGGUAUCUCAUAAAAAUUCGCUUCCAUGGGCACACUCAAUCUUCUCAAUCAAUGUUCUUCAACACAAUGUAUUGCAGCACAAUCUUUUUCAACGCGCCAUGUAGUAUUUCAACGCAAUCUAUCUCCAUGCAUUUCAACACAUUUUUUGAUUUCCUCUUGUAACUCAAUAGAGCUGUCUUCAGUUGCGUUUAUAAAAACCCUUAUAAAAUUCUUGUAUCUCUUCUUAUUUGCUUUGAAACUCACCAAUAUCCAUAUCGACCUAUCAACAAGAUGACACAAGAAGAUCAUGACAGAGCUUGCGCCUGCUUUGACAGACUAUUUGCUUAACAAAUGAACUUAGGCUGGGAGAUUUUGACUUCUGAAGGAC